AGUUAACUCACAAAAUGAAAACGAAAGCUUUCAUUUUCUUAUGUUCAAUUUCAGUUAUUCCCUGCGAUUUACCAAACGAAAUAAAGGAGGAAGAAGAUACUGAAAUAUUUCUGAACAAAAGAUGCGAUCCUCCAUGUAUUUUCUCCGAAUACUACCUCACCCUUGAAACGGUUGACGGGUUCCCAAAAAACUGCACAACAGUUUGUUCAGAUCUACGGAUUGAUAAAAAAUGUGAUUUGACGGAAAAUCAGCUAGCGGCAACGUUCAAAAAUAUGAAAAAUCUCAUUGGAAGCCUACUUAUUGAGGAGACAAAAUACAAGAGUGGAACAUUUCUUACUGGACUGGAAACGGUGGAGUGUGGCUCGUCUGAUAGAGUUCAAAAAGAUAUCAAUGGUUUUGAUAAAAGUUUUGAGAAAAUACCGCAAUUUGAAUGGGAUAUUAACUACGAAAUGUUGGAACUAGGAUUAACUAACUUGACUAGAAUUUCAUGUGGCUUUAACAAAAUCACAACCAAUGUGAACUUAACCCGGUUGAACAUACCAAACUUGAAGAGCAUCAGUUAUCCAUCGGGAAACGGAAAGAAAAUGUAUGUUAUAUUGGAUGGAGUAGGCUACAACUUUUGCAUUACUAGCGGCGAAUUAUUGUCAUUUAUUAAAACUAGUGAGCUGCAAAUCGAUAUGAGCAAAGUAAAAUAUUGUGAGCCGCCAAGUACUGUGGAAACUGGAAAAAUUUGUAAUUCAACGUCAAUAACUGACGGAUGUACUCAAAUAUUUGGAAGCUUGGUGAUAGGACCUGAAAACGAGCAUUUGGUACACCAACUAAAUACUGUAGAAGUGAUAUUCGGAGGUCUGGUUGUCAAUAACACUAAUCUGACAAAUAUCGAUUUUCUGGAAAGUCUCAAAUAUAUUUAUCAUCUUGAUGACAAAUCCGCUGUAAUCCAAAUCGAGAAUAACCCCAACUUGUCCAACUUCUCAUUUCCCAGUCUCGUCGUUGCACAGACUUUGGCAAAUACCAAAAUUUUAUUUAGUAAUAAUAAUGAAAUACGCACAUCGGAUUCCACGUAUUGCGAUCGCCUUAAGAACAUGCUCAAUAUUACAGAUCCGAGGCAAAUAUUUUUUGAUGGGAAAUAUUGUGACAACCUUCUAGCGAAAUCUGGAAAAUCAUUGGCUUUUCAAUUGUGGAUUUUUGGAAUUAUGAUUACCAUAUACUAUGUAUACUAGACUACAAUAAAGCUAUCAUUCACUUUCGAAGAACCUUUUUCGAAUUGAUAAAUGGAUAGUUCAAAACU